AGGGAUUAUCUUGUGCUCACUCUAGGUUUAACACAUGCUAUUUGGAGACCACUAUAUAGACUUGGCCUUAAUUCUGAAUUUCUCCAACAUGAAUAGAAUUAUUUUUACUUAAAUAAGAGUAAAACCUGUAAAGUUGAAAUGUUGAGAUAAACAUUACCAUGAUUAAUUAUUUAAGAGCCUAAAUAAAACAGUAUCAAUUUAUGAGACACUACUUUACAAAGAUCUAUUCAGCCUAAACUGAAAAAAAUACAUACCUGUUUUAUUUUUUUCUUGCCACUUGCUAGUGUGAUUAAAGAAAAUUCAUUGUAAGUAUAAAAAACAUAACCAGUCACUUUAUUUUUUUAUGUCUUAAAUUCUAUAUUGUUAAUUCCAUUUUGUCUAUGCUUUAUUACUUGAAUAAUCAAACUAAUUGAUAUAUUCUGAAGUUUUCUAUUAUGUGAAAAUAUUUGUGAAAAGGAUAUCACUUGACCAUUAUAAAGUUUCAAUGAUCUAAGACUAUUUUUAAAUUUACUGUGUAUGACUAAAGUUGAAUAUUUUUCAUUUUUUAUUGUUUAUAGCCCUUACUAUAGUCCUGCUGAACUACGACCAUUUUACUUUUUUAAAAAGAUUUAUUUAUUUGCUUGAAAAGUCAGAGUUACAGAAAGGCAGAGGUAGAGGCAGAGGCAGAGAGAGAGAGAGAGAGAGAGAGAGAGUCUUCCAUCCGUUGGUUCACUCCCUAAAUGUCCACGGCAGCAAGCAUUAGGCCAGGCCAAAGCCAGGAACCAGGAGUAUCAUCUGUGUUUCCCAUGUGUGUGCAGGGGCUCAAGGACUUGGGGCAUCUUCUGCUGCUUUCCCAAGGAACUGGAUUGGAAGUGGAGCAGCUGGGACUUGAACCAGUGCCCAUAUAAGAUGCUGGUAUGCAAGUGGCGGCUUAACCUGUUAUGCCACAAUGAGAGCCCCUUUUGUAGUUCUAUAUCAAUUUUGUGAUUAUCUUUUUUAAAUUGAUGUAAAGAAUGUAACUGGUACUUAGAUAGGAAAUUGCUUUGAAUGCUAAUUGCUCUAAUUCAUGACUAUGGAAUAUCUUUUGAUUUAUUUGUGACCUCUUCAACUUCUUUUUCUUAAUUUUUUGAAGAUACUUUUCACCUCCUUGAUAACAUUUAUUUCUAAUUUAUUUUUGGUGUUAUUUUAAAUAAAAUUGCUUUCUUAAUAUCAUUUUAAGACAAUAUACUAUUAUUGCAUGGAAACACUUCUGAGUUUUAUUAUUGAUUUUGUACCAUGAAAACUUAGCUGAAUUUAAUUAUUAGUUUCAACCAUUAUUAUGGGUGGAGUCUGCAGUGUUUUCUGUAUAUAAGAUCAGCCAAAAUUCUCUGACAAGGAUUUCUAGUAUUUAGUUGAAUGAAAGUGGUGAAAGUGAGCAUCCUUCUUUUGUUCCAGAUAUCAGAUAACAAUACAUUAGCUUUUCCUCCUCCUGCUUGGCACUAAUUAUGGAUUUUUUUAGAUGGUCUUUAUGAAUUCAGAUUAGUUCCUUCUAUACCUCAUUUGUUGAGUGUUUUGUCAUGAUACGCUGAAUUUUAUCAAAUGCCCUGUUUCUCCUGUUAUUUACUUCUAGUUUCUCCCAUUGUGAUCAGCAAAGAUACUUGAUAUAAGCCAGAAGGAGGUGCAGUGGUCUGGUUCCAAGGCCAAGAGGAGGCAUACACAGCUGGUCAGUUGCACCUGUGCGUGCUGCUUGGGUGGGGAACGGUAGCAGUCUGGCUUGUGUACUGGCAGGAGGAAGAUGUGCAGAGUUCGUUGGCCAAUGGCUCUGUGCAUUGUGACCUCAUGGUGGGGGCAGAGGUAUGGUGAAAUAAUACAAGAACCACAGAGAUUGUUAUAAUGUCUAUGUGCUCCCAGAGCAGGACACAUUUUAGCCUUGACUUCAUUUCUGAGAUCACUCCAUGCAGCAGUAAUGUAGUGCAAGAGGUGUCAGAAGCACAUUGUAGGCUCCUUAAAUGAUAUUGUUCAUAUUGAUACUGUUCAUAUCAGCAGUGCAGCUAAGGAACAGAUGAAAAGGUACUUACAACAGUUCACACUUUGUUUUUUGUUAUUAUUCAGAUUGAAAAAGAUGGAGACAGAGAACAGCACAAUGGUGACAGAGUUCAUCCUCCUUGGUCUGACCCAAUCUCACACUGCUCAACUCCUGGUCUUUGUGUUAGUCUUAAUUUUCUACCUCAUCAUCCUCCCUGGAAAUUUCCUCAUCAUUCUCACCAUCAGAUCAGACCCCGGGCUCUCAGCCCCCCUCUACUUCUUCCUGGGCAACCUGGCCUUCCUGGACGCCUCCUACUCCUUCAUUGUGGCUCCCAGGAUGCUGGUGGACUUCUUCUCUGAGAAGAAGGUCAUCUCCUACAGAUGUUGCAUAACUCAACUUUUCUUCUUGCACUUCCUUGGAGUAGGAGAGAUGUUUCUUCUUGUUGUGAUGGCCUUUGACCGCUACAUUGCCAUAUGUCGGCCUUUACACUAUUCAACUGUGAUGAAGCCUAGAGUUUGCUAUGCAUUAUUGUUGGCCCUGUGGAUUGGGGGCUUUGCCCAUUCGAUUGUACAAGUUGCCCUCAUCCUGAACUUACCUUUCUGUGGCCCAAACCAGCUGGAUAACUUCUUCUGUGAUGUACCUCAGGUCAUCAAGCUGGCCUGCACGGAUACCUUUGUGGUGGAGCUACUGAUGGUCUCCAACAGUGGCCUUCUCACUCUCCUAUGCUUCCUAGGACUUUUAAUAUCCUAUAUGGUCAUCCUAUGUCAUGUUAAAGGACACUCCUCUGAACGAAAAAACAAGGCUAUCUCCACCUGUACCACACAUAUCAUCAUCGUGUUUCUCAUGUUUGGACCAGCCAUCUUUAUCUACACUCGCCCCUUCCAGGCUUUCCCAGCUGACAAAGUGGUGUCUCUCUUCCACACAGUCAUCUUUCCUUUGAUGAAUCCUGUGAUUUAUACACUUCGCAACAGGGAAGUGAAAGCUUCCAUGAAGAAGUUGAUAAAUCAGCACAUAGUUCUAUGAAUGAAUUGCAGGAUGAGAAAUGUAAGCACUAGAAAGUACAGUUGGAAUUAAGUAAAUUAUCCAUUCAUGCACUGAAUCAUGCAGUUAUUUAACAAAAAAUAUUUUUAAGUUCUUCCAAUUUUCAUGCACUAUUCUAAGCAUAUAAAUGAGAUGCAUAAGAUUCCAGGUUACCUAGGAUUAUUUGCAAGUGGAUAUAAGAAAGUUAAAUAUUAAAUUUUAAAAACUCAUAUCAUAAUGAAAUAGUAUUCUGAAGCCAGUCAAGAAUAAUAUUAUGCUAGAGAUUGCUUGGGAAGUGGUUAUUUUUAUCUUGGUCAUCCAUCAAUGUCUUUGAUUAAUGUUUAGUUGACAACAAUAUGAUUGGAAGAAAACUUUAUGCAAUUAUUUGUGGGAAAAUCUCAAGCAAGGAGUGAUAACUAGUGCAAAGACCAGAGCUCUUGCAAUCUUGAUACAUCUGGGGAUCAUAAGGAAGGACAGAGUAUCUUUGGUAGAGCUAAUGAGUGUCAAGGUGUCAGGAAUUAAGUUGGAGACGUUGGAAAGGCGAAAAUCUUGUAUUUUAUGCAAUUAAAAAAGCUCAAUUUAUUCAAAUUUUGAACAGAGGACCAUUUAAAUGUAAUACAUAAUCUGUCCUACUUAAGGGAAGAAUCACAAGAUUCUGGAUAAAAGAUUAUGAGUAGUAAAAUAUCAUUAAGUUGAAAUACCAUGCUGUUAAGUAUUUGUAAGGGCACUUAAAGACCCAAUUAUUUUUCCUAAAAUUUGAGAGUUUAUUUUUUUUCUGAUGAUUAUUAUUUGCCUUAGGCAUUUGAGUUCACUCACAAAUGAUUUCAACCUUAAUUCUGACUAUUUUUUAUGAUAGUCAACAUUUAGCUGCAGAUAACAAAAUCACUGUGAUGGUUUACGAUUAGUUGGGUUAACAUAAGGCACCAAAUUUUCCUAAAAUAAUCUAAAAAAAGUAUAAAAUCAAGCUUUGACCUUGCCAUCUGGUGAUAAGUCUCAAGUGAUUAUCAACAGAUUGGUCUACUAAGGACUUACUAUUGUUACAGCCAUUAUGGCUUUAGGGAUACAGAGGUCAUUUUUCAGACCACAGCACUUCUCUAGAGCUUCUCAAGAAUUACUGGACAUCAUCACAUGAAUCAGAACCUAUACAUUCAGUGGUGCCCCUGGAUAUUUCCCUCAUUUCUAAAUUCAUAUGUUAUAUAAAUGAAUCUGAAGUUAUAGUAAUACAGCAAGGUCUAAUUUUAAUCCUGGAGGUAAAUGGAUGAGCAAGAGACAGACUGAGUCUUAAGAAAAUUUCAUGUCAACUUCAACUCAACUGAAUCUCUUAUAUUAAGAUUAAGGCGUCCAGCGCUGCCGCUCACUAGGCUAAUCCUCUGCCUUGCAGCGCCAGCACACCGGGUUCUAGUCCCGGUUGGGGCACCGGAUUCUGUCCCAGUUGCCCCUCUUCCAGGUCAGCUCUCUGCUGUGGCCAGGGAAGUGCAGUGGAGGAUGGCCCAAGUGCUUGGGCCCUGCACCCCAUGGGAGACCAGAAGUAUCUGGCUCCUGCCAUCGGAUCAGCGUGGUGUGGCGGCUGCAGUGCGCCGGCUGUGGCGGCCAUUGGAGGGUGAACCAACGGCAAAGGAAGACCUUUCUCUCUGUCUCUCUCUCUCACUGUCCACUCUGCCUGUCAAAAAAAAAAAAAAAAAGAUUAAGGCAAGUUUGUAAAAAUUGCCUCUAUUGACACUUUGGGCCUAAUAAAAUAUUAUGAUGGGCUGAGCUGUACACCAUAGAUUGUUCAGCCACAUUUCUUACCUCUACUUAGUAUGUGACAGUAAUAUCUCCUCAACUGUGUGAUAAUCAAAAUGUCUACACAUGUUAAAAAAUGCACUGGGUGGGCAAUUCAACCUAGUCUUGAAGAGCACUGGAUUAAGGGAAUAAGGCUCAUGACAUUGAUUUAAAGUGAACCUUGAUUGAUUUAUGGGUGAACCUUGACAUUGAUUUAUGGGUGAACCUUGUUUUGAGAUAAAUAAACUGAACUGGAGUCUUUAUAAUACAUAAUUAUUAAUAAACUGUAGCCAUAU